AUGGACCUGCUGUGGAUCUUGCUCGCCUUGCUCCUCCCAUUUAUGCUGCACUAUUUCCGCGCCGUCGCCGCCCCCAAGAUGCCCGUCGGUCCCGUUAUUGCGCUCUCCCACGGCGGAGGCCCCAUGCCGCUGCUCAACGAUCCCGGCCACAAGUCCAUCAUCUACUCGCUGCGGAACCGCAUCCCCGAGAUCCUGCGCCUCGCCUCCCCCACGCACCGCCCUUCCGCCAUCAUCCUCGUCACCGCGCACUGGACGACCCCGUCCCCCGUGUCGGUGCUCGCGAGCGAGGACCCCGCGCAGCACCUGCGCAUGGGGCGCGCGCUGGCCGCGCUGCGCGAGGACAACGUCGCCAUUGUCGGGUCGGGCUUCGCGUCGUUUCACAACCUCGGCAUCAUGCGCUCGCUGCGCGGCUUCGCCGGCAACUCGCUCGACAAGAACUGGCUCGCGUUCAAGGCCAAGACGGACGAGUGGAACGCCGCCCUGACCGAGGCCGUCGCGCCGGCGAAUGCUACGGAGAGGGCCGACAGGGUCGCGCGCUGGCGCGAGCUGCCCCACGCCGACAUGAUGCACCCGCCGCGCGGUGGCGAGCACUUCAUGCCGCUGAUUGUGUGCGCCGGCGCCGCGAGGGAGGAGGAUGGCGCUGCCAAAACGUACAAGGACGAGUACAUGGGCGUGGAUAUCUUCACGUACUACUGGGGUGCACCGGCCGUGUCGACAUAA